GGUGGGGGAGGAGUGGGAGGACGAGCGAGCGCUGAGCACGCGCGGGUCUGCCGGGCAAACGGGCGGCAGUCCGCCAGGAUCGACGCCAGGCCGCCGCCGCCGAGGCCAAGCGCGCACUCGGGGCUGCACGGCCUGGUCCGGAGACCGCGUUCGGGCCGCCGAGGAGGGCUGUCGUGUCAACUGCCGCUGCUGGUCCCGCCCCUCUUUCGGUUCGGGCCCUGGGCCCUCGCGGCCCCCUUUUGCCAUUGCUGCCUGGAGAGGCGGGGCUCGGCCGCUCUGGAUGGUGGCUAAAAUGAUCAUAGAAAACUUCGAGGCGCUGAAAUCCUGGCUCAGCAAAACAUUGGAGCCCAUAUGUGAUGCAGAUCCAUCAGCCCUAGCAAAGUAUGUUCUUGCUUUGGUAAAGAAGGAUAAAAGUGAAAAAGAACUGAAGGCGUUGUGUGUUGAUCAGUUGGAUGUGUUUCUCCAAAAGGAGACCCAGAUAUUUGUAGAAAAACUUUUUGAUGCUGUGAAUACAAAGAGCUACCUACCUCCGCCAGAGCAGCCAUCAUCAGGAAGCCUGAAAUCAGACUUCUUUCAGCAUCAAGAAAAAGACACUAAGAAGGAAGAGGUCAUUAAAGAGGAAGAGCGAGAGAAAAAGUUUUCUAGAAGGCUAAAUCAUAGUCCCCCUCAGUCAAGUUCACGAUACCGAGAAACCAGAAGCAGGGAUGAAAGAAAGAAAGAGGAACGCUCCCGCAAGAGAGAAUAUGAUAGGAAUCCUCCAAGAAGAGAGUCCUAUAGAGACCGUUACAACAGAAGACGGGGCCGGAGCCGCAGCUACAGCAGAAGUCGCAGUAGAAGCUGGAGUAAAGAAAGAUUACGGGAUAGAGAUAGGGAUAGGAGCAGGAGUCGCACUAGAAGUAGAACAAGGAGCAGAGAAAGGGAUCUGGGGAAGCCAAAAUAUGACUUGGACAGAACUGAGCCAUUAGAAAACAACUAUACUCCUGUUUCUUCUGUGACAAACAUUUCAUCUGGCCACUACCCUGUCCCUACACUAAGUAGCACCAUAACAGUUAUUGCUCCUGCUCACCAUGGAAAUAAUACUACUGAAAGUUGGUCAGAAUUUCAUGAGGAGCAGUUAGACCACAAUUCCUAUGGGAGACCUCCAAUGCCCAAAAAACGUUGCAGAGACUAUGAUGAAAAGGGAUUCUGUAUGAGAGGAGAUAUGUGUCCAUUUGAUCAUGGAAGUGACCCUGUGGUUGUAGAAGAUGUGAACCUCCCAGGCAUAUUACCUUUUCCAGCUCAGCCCCCAGUUGUUGAAGGACCACCUCCUCCAGGACUUCCUCCCCCUCCCCCCAUUCUCACUCCUCCUCCUGUAAACCUUAGACCUCCUGUUCCACCUCCAGGCCCUUUACCACCAAGCCUUCCACCUGUUACAGGACCACCACCUCCACUUCCACCAUUGCAGCCCUCCGGUAUGGAUGCGCCUCCAAAUUCUGCAACCAGUUCUGUUCCCACAGUUGUAACGACGGGUAUUCAUCACCAGCCACCCCCUGCUCCACCUUCUUUAUUUCCAGAAACAUAUGAUACAGAUGGCUAUAAUCCUGAAGCACCAAGUAUAACCAGCACUUCAAGACCCAUGUAUAGGCACAGAGUGCAUGCCCAAAGACCAAAUUUGAUAGGGCUCACAUCGGGUGAUAUGGACUUGCCACCAAGAGAAAAACCUCCUAAUAAAAAUAGCAUGAGGAUAGUGGUAGAUUCUGAAUCGCGAAAAAGAACGAUUGGUGCAGGUGAAGGUGUUCCAGCAAAGAAGAAUUGGUUUGAUAAGCAAAACUUUAAUAGAACAAACAGUCCAGCUUUCCAGAAGAAGGUGCAGUUUGGAAAUGAAAAUACCAAACUUGAAUUGAGGAAAGUUCCUCCAGAACUUAAUAAUAUCAGCAAGCUAAAUGAGCACUUCAGCAAAUUUGGAAAUUUGGUAAACUUGCAGGUUGCCUAUCAGGGAGAUCCAGAAGGUGCUCUCAUCCAGUUUGCUACCCAUGAAGAGGCAAAGAAAGCUAUUUCAAGCACAGAAGCAGUGUUAAAUAAUCGGUUUAUCAAAGUUUAUUGGCACAGAGAAGGCAGUGCUCCGCCAAUGCCAGCUUCAGUGCAAAAGGUAAUACAGCCCUUAACCCAGCAACCCAUUUUACCUAUUGUGAAGCAGUCAGUCAAGGAACGAUUAGGCCCAGUACCUGCCAGUAACAUUGAGCCUGCUGAAGCUCAGAGUGCCAGUACAGAAGCAAUUCAGAAUGUUACAAAGCUGUCUGUGAAGGACAGAUUGGGGUUUGUACCUAAACCACCUAUUCCAACUACUGAGAAGGUCUUGUCGACUUCUACUGGCUUGACAAAAACAGUGUAUAAUCCAGCUGCAUUGAAGGCAGCUCAGAAAACGUUGCCUGCUGUUAACACUUCCAUGCUAGAUUCUAGUGAAGCACAGAAGAAAAAACAGGAGGCACUAAGGCUUCAACAAGAUGUGAGGAAGAAAAAACAAGAGAUCUUAGAAAAACAUAUUGAAACACAAAAGAUGCUGAUUUCAAAGCUGGAAAAGAAUAAAACAAUGAAAUCAGAAGACAAGGCUGAAAUCAUGAAAACUCUGGAGACUUUGACUAACAGUAUCACCAAGUUAAAGGAUGAAUUGAAAGGAAUCUCCUCCCCUGCAAGCACUCCAAUGAAAAACAUAAAAACGAAGACACAGAUGCAAAAAGAGCUACUAGAUACAGAGUUGGACUUGUAUAAAAAGAUGCAGGCUGGGGAAGAGGUUACUGAACUGAGAAGAAGAUACACAGAACUGCAGCUUGAAGCUGCAAAACGAGGAAUUCUUUCCUCAGGUCGUGGGAGAGGACUUCACACACGAGGUCGUGGUGUCUCUCGUGGAAGAGGCAGGGGAGGACGAGGACGGGGACGAGGAAGAGGUGUUUCUGUUCAUGCUGUGGUGGAUCAUCGUCCUAGGGCACUUGAGAUCACUGCUUUUACAGAGAAUGACCGAGAAGAUCUCCUUCCUCAUUUUGCGCAAUAUGGUGAAAUUGAAGACUGCCAGAUAGAUGACUCAUCUCUCCAUGCAGUGAUUACCUUCAAAACAAGAGCAGAAGCUGAAGCAGCUGCUAUCCAUGGAGCACGAUUCAAAGGACAAGACUUGAAGUUGGCCUGGAACAAGCCAGUCGCAAAUAUGUCAGCAGUGGAAACAGAGGAGACUGAGCCAGAUGAGGAAGAAUUUCAGGAAGAAUCCUUGGUAGAUGACUCAUUGCUUCAAGAUGAUGAUGAAGAUGACGAUGACAAUGAAUCUCGUUCUUGGAGAAGAUGAUUCAGUUUUCAACAAUGCUAGAACUGUACCUGUGUUGCAUUAGCAUUUCCUAAUGUACUUUUGCAUAUUUCUACUACAAGGAGUUUGGGUGAAAGCAAUGGGUUUUCAGAUAAGACACAAGCAGCUGAUUGAUCCUGUAUUUUGAGUGAUUGAUGUUCAAGUUGCAUUUACAUUUGGGUAAAUGAUUGCUAAAGACAUCAUAUUAGGAACAUAUGCAAGGUUUUUAUUACUUCUACAGAAACAUUGCAGAAUUCUUUGGGUUCUUUGUAAUUUAAAGAAUUGGUCACACAACCAAAUGACCAACAGUUGUUAUAAUAUAGCUAUUUUUGUUUGUUUUAUUCCAAGUAUGGAAUGAAAAUUGGCAUAAGAUCUUUGUGAAUGUUUUCAGACAUUAUAGAUAACAGUACUAAACUGAAGUCUCUCUAAAGUUAUGUAUUCAUAAUAUUGCAUAGUAGUAUGCUUAGGCUUUACUAUGUACUAGCCUUUUGUUGGAUUUGUGUACGUAUUUUACGUAUGAGUUUUAAUGAUACAGUGUAUGACUGCUUUGCAUAUAUCUCCUUAUCACCUUAAGAUGUUUAAAAAAUAAAGAAAUGGAAUGGUCUUCAAGAAAAAAAAGAGAAAAGAAAAAAAAGCAAUAAUGAAGUUAUACUAUGGCCCAUGAUAACAGAGAAAAAAAAUUAAAAAGAAAAAAAGAAUGUGACCAUUCCAAGUGGUGACCCCACCCCCCCCAUACUCAAAAAAAGAGCUGAAUCACUGUCACUUCUUUCAACAUCAUGAACAAUAAACAAUAUAGAAAACAAGGCAUUGAAGACAUAUGCUUUGGCUAACAUACAGGGUGUGUGCUUGAAAGCACACCUUAUUGCAAAAUGACUGCCUAACUUCGGAAAUAAGGCUUUGCGACUUGUUGGUUCAAGAACAGGACAAUCACUCUCAUAUUUUGUAAACUGAAGAGAACUUCUUUUGUGGUGAAACUCAAGAUUUAAAAAACAGUAAAAUGGCUUAAAAUACUGGUAACCUCCAAACAGUGGUGCAUUCAGCUGAAAAGGGUUUUUUCUAUACUUUGAAUUGCUUCCUGAACAAUGGUACAAAGUGGAGAGAUCUCUGGUGGCCACUGUAGCACAUCAGCAUAUCGUCUGAGAAUUGCUGAACCCUGGACCAAGGUUAUAAAUGAAAACGUGAAUGCAUUGAUAAAAUGCCAAGAAUGCUUUGCCCUGGAAAAUGACAUAUGAAGGUGGCCUUAAUUUUUAUUUAAUCAGAUGAACAGUUGAUCAAUAUGAAGAAGAUCUCCCUAUCUAUUUUUAUAAACUAUUCAGAUUUUCUAAGAGGAGGAAAAAGGUAACUAUUAAGAUAAUUAUAAAAUUGUAUAUGUAAGCUCCCUGGAGCAUAAAAUAUGUAAUAACAUCUUUUUAAACUGUACACACAUUUAUAUAUAACUAUAAACAUGGAAAAGAAAUGAGUAGAAUGGCGUAAGAGUGAGUUUCCUUUUUAGAUUUGCAAUCAUUCAUAGAAUAUGUCUCCCUCUCCAACUCCCUUCCAAACUUCCUUGUGCUUGGCAGAAACUUUUAUGUUAAAGAAUUGUAGUUUCUUGAAUGCCAGCUAUGGCAUGAAGUGGUAGCCAUGGUUUCUUCUAUAUGGCGUCUUCUGUAUUCCCAGACUAUUCUUGGGUUCUUGUAUUCUUGUAAGACACAGGAAGGCCUUACAAGAUCCAAUUGAGUUCCACUGAAAACUGAGGAAGCUAUGGCUAAAGUGAGAAGAAAUAUCUAUUCAUCCAUCCAUCUAAAAUUAUUUAUUGGUGGCCUCUAAGGUUAGAACCCUUAGGCACUAAAAUACUGUUUCAGGUUGGACACAUUGUGGCACCACUGUUGAAUAUAUAACAAAAUAUAUAUUUGUUAAUAUUGUAUAGCAAAAAAUCAAGCUGCUCAAAAACAACAGCUCAAUGUGAAAUGUUCAAAUCUCUGAAAACAUAUAAAACCUUUUUUAAUACAUGAUUGGUUUCAAAAAUGGGAUUAGUUGAAAUAUGUUUCAAUGGUAAUGCUAAUGUUGAUAAAUUCAUACGUGAAUUUUGACAUUAACAGGCAUGGAGUGUCAUGCUAUUCCUGGUUGAAAGUUUGCAGAAUUUGCUAAUACACACAUUGUCUGCAUCAAGGGUGUAGAAGAAGAGCACAAAGGAUGCUGAUUUUGAGAUAUUUUGAGGGUCUUUAUAAUUAGCGGGAAGUUUCUGUUCUAGCAAAAGGAAUAUCUUUCAGCCAUACCUGAAAAUGAAGUAAAAAAAAUUAAGGCUGAUGAACAUUAUAUGUAUACUUCUCCUAUUGAAGGCUAGGGGGCACUCUAUCUACAUAAGUGAAGCCAAAUUUAUUUUCUGUACUUAUUGGCUCGUCUGAAGUCAAUUUCUCUUCUCUUGGGCUUUUCUAAUCCACUGAAUGAAUGUUUAUGCAUCUCUGUGCACAGUAUUUUGCAUUUUCUUACAGAGACUACACUUAAAAACUGAUUUCAUAGAAAGUUAAACAUUCGGUUUGUUUGGCUUUGAGAGCUGUUGAAAGAAUGUGAUUACAGAUGCUUGCAUUUUGUUAACUAAAUGUCCCAACCUUGUAAGUUAGUAUGUUGCUUCCUCAAAAAUGUAUUGGCUAUGGUUUGUUAUGGCACCAUGAUCAAAAAGGCAUUUGGAGAGCUCUUACUAAUUCUGAAUAGUAGGAACUAUUAUCUUCACCUACAGUUCAUUGUCUGGUCCCCAUUCAUACAGCUACUAAAGAGAGUACAAAGCAUAGAAAUAAGAGGAACGUUGCUAAUCCUACAGAGAAUUUGCACAACUGUGCAGUUUUCUUGGGGGGGAGGGGUUCAUUUGCUGUUAAUAAUUCUGACUUCUUUUCACAUAAUCUCCAGAUGGGCACAAUACUAUCUCCUUAGGUAGCCAGCCAUCCUGCCAAGUGUUUGACUCCUUUCUUACAAUCUUUCUGUAUAUAAGCCACACUAAAAUGUUUUCAGUGCUUAUACAGUAAAAUGAGAACUGGCACCUCACAUUCCAGUAUGAUCCCACCAUCUUACAGAUCAUGGCAUUAUACAAAUGGGGAAGUUAAAGCAAAGUAAGGAAAACUUACUUGAAAAUAUGAAUUAAGGUUGGGAGAAAAAAAUAACACAAAUCAAGCGGUAUCCCCUCUAUUUGAGGAAUUGAGCUUUGGCUCACAAAAGCUUAGGCUAUAAUGAAUGUGUUUGUUUUAAGGUACCAGAAGAUACUUUGUUGUUUUCUGCCACAGUGAACUUACAUGGAUACCCCUUUCCAAAUUAAAAAUGGUCACUUAUUCUUAAACAUUCCUCAUUUUUACUCCUUGUAACAAUAGAAAUGUACAUGUUCACCAGCAAUAAAGAUGAAUUAUGUUUUCA